AACGUAUAUUUGCUUUUUCAAACCAAAUUUCAAAUACACUGAAACUACACACCAAUUACACUCUCUUUCUUUCCCUCUUUCUCGUCACUUUCCAAAUCAAAAUCUCUAAACUUAAGCUUAUUAUAUAUUCACACAACUUAUUACAUAACACCUCAAUUCCAUCAAAACAAGAUUGAAGAACAUAGCAAUAUACAAUCAUUCUUAAAGUACUAACACACAUUUGUGCACAACACUAUUAAAUUCUAUACGAUGGGUGUAGCCUCACAUACAUUAGAAAUAACGGUUAUAUCCGGGGAAAAUAUUCAUGUAAUUGAGGAUGCAUAUGUUGUUGUUCGAGGUGAGUCUCUUAAUUGUUACACGACGAAGACAGUGAAAGAUAACGAUGAUUGUAGGAAAAACUCGAGUUUUCUUUCAUGGAAUGAGAAGUUUUUAUUAAACAUGCCAUUGCAUGCAAGGUCAAUCACGUUUGAGGUGCAAUGCAAGAAGUUUAAAAGUGUUCGUCCUAUUGGGGUGGCAAGAAUCGCCGUUUCGGAUAUUCUAAACGGGGCUGAAUCGGAAAAUUGUUCACGAAUUUUGAGUUAUAAAUUGAGAGAUUGGGAAGGGAGGCAAAAUGGAGUUAUUCAUUUUGGUGUGAAGGUGGUUGCGCCAGAGGAAAGAUCGGUUACGGUGGCGGAAAAGGAAACACUGGCGGAUGGGAAGAGUUAUGGUGAUCGGUUAACUGGAAUUGAUGUUGGUACCAAGAACUCUAAUGGAGGUGUUAUUGGUAUUCCUUUUAGGUGGAAUUACCCCGGCAUUGUUUAAAGAUUUGUAUUUUUAACAUUAUAUCAUUUUUUUAUGUAUGUUUGUCAAAGAUUUAUGAAGUCGAUUUUAAUGUAUAAGUAUACUAUUAAAAGAAGAUUUAUAAGAAGUAAAACGUCCUUAUCCACAACAAAGAGAGAAAAAUGAAAAUAAAAAUAAAGAGUGAAGACUGAUGAAGGAUUUUCAACAAGAGGCGGAAAAACUAUGGCUUUGGAAUUGUCACGGUUGGCAACAGAAUUGGGAGUGUAAUGUGAGGUAUCAAACUAUACAGGGCAUCAAUGGGAGGAUCUAUGUAUGAAAUAGUGCAAAUUAUAGUCAAGAAACCCGAUUUUUUUUUUUUGUAUUAGUAUGGUUCAAAUUAUUAUAUAAUUAAGAUUGGGUUGUUCAAAUGUUCAGAUUUCAAAUGAGGAAGAUUUCAUAGACACGUUACUUUUGCAUUCAGACAAAAGAAUAAUGUGUAUCAUUGACGCUUAGAUUGUGCUUCCAAAUCACAAUUUCUCCCAAAAUAUGGUGUUUUGGAGGUGAAUGUGAUAGAGAUGGUGAGUUUUGGGAAGCAUACACACACAAGAAUGGAUCAAAUAUACGGAUGUGGGAAAACAUGCUCCAGAUUAUAUAAUACGAAUUGGGAUUUUUUCAAGAAAAGGGUUAGCAUGCCAUGGAGAGGUCGAAAAGAAGAACUAACCAUUUGGGAUUUCAUAAUUCGAAUACGCCUCAUAUUAUAAAAUUUGAACGGGGUAAGUUAGGCAAAAUAAAAGGCGCGCGAGAAGCUACGAUGGUGUGAAAAGAAAUUCUCUAAGAUGUGUGCAGAUGUACAUUGUCCUCCUAAUUUUCGAAGAAAAAAAGAUUGAAACUUGAAAAUGUCUAUGAUGGAAAUUAAGGAGUUCUAAUUCCAUUUAUUUA